GAGGGUAUCAUGGCGCAGGGAGGCCGAAGAGAUUCACGGCGUCUAACAGCUCGAUUUAUACGGUGUUAACUCCUAAUACUCUUUAAAAUCAUCAACAUCGGGAGAAGACAACUGACUAAAUCUGAGUUGUCACGUUUUUUAUGUUUUGUUUUCUUCCAGGAGGACAGAUUGACAACAGCGACGAUAACAUCGUUGUGACCACAACCGCCAGAUACUGAGACACAAAGAGAGAGGAGAGAUGGAAAAGCCAGUCUUGCAGACACAACCGUCCACGUUGCCUUUUUUCGACACGGCCCAUGCCUUCAACCUGCUGCGGGGAAUCCAUGAACUCCGUGCCGAACGAAAGUUUUUCGAUGUGACUUUGUGUGCUGAGGGUCGCGAGUUCCACUGCCACCGCACAGUGCUGGCCGCUGCCAGCACCUACUUUCGAGCUAUGUUCGCAGGAACUUUAAAGGAGAGUGCUAUGGACCGGGUAGUUCUACAUGAGGUGUCAGCUGAGCUUUUAGGUCUGCUGGUGGACUUCUGCUACACGGGACGGGUCACGGUCACACAGGAUAAUGUGGACGUCCUGCUAAAGACAGCAGAUCUGUUUCAGUUCCCCUCUGUCAAGGAAGCCUGCUGUGCUUUUCUUGAGCAGCGACUGGAUGUCAACAACUGCUUAGAGAUCCAGGACUUUGCAGAGGCCUACGCUUGCCGAGAGCUGGCGACAAGCGCUCGCCGCUUUGUCCUCAAAAACAUAAUGGAGCUGGCCAAAGCGACAGACUUUAACAGGUUGCCGUGGAAGCGCCUCCUCGAGUUUGUGUCAGACGAUGAGUUUUGCGUUGACAAGGAGGAGGCAGUUUAUCAAAUUGCAGUGCGCUGGGUGAAGUCUGACCUCCAGCGAAGGCUACACUACUGGCCCGAGCUCCUCCAGCAGAUCCGACUGCCCUUCGUCAGGAGGUUCUUUCUGUUGGCCCAUGUGGAGAGCGACCCGCUCGUCUACCUUUCACCCACUUGCCUUCGCAUGGUGAACGAGGCUCGCAGCUUCCAGUCCUGCGAGUACGACCGUCAUGACAGACCCUGCCACCGGAUGCGACCACGGCCGUCUACAGGGCUGGCAGAAAUCCUGGUGGUGGUAGGAGGCUGCGACCAGGACUGUGAUGAGCUGGUCACAGUGGACUGUUACAACCCCCAGACCGGACAGUGGCGCUACCUGGCCGAGUUCCCUGACCACCUCGGAGGAGGCUACAGCAUAGCUGCCCUCGGAAACGACAUGUAUGUCACAGGUGGCUCUGAUGGUUCUCGCCUCUACGACGGUGUGUGGCGCUACAAGUCUAGCGUCAACGAGUGGACAGAGGCGGCGCCAAUGCUGAAGGCCCGCGAGUACCACAGCUCUUGUGUGAUGAAAGGUCAGCUCUACGUGGUGGCGUCGGACAGCACCGAGCGCUACGAUCAGGCUCUGGACUGCUGGGAGGCCUUGGCGCCCAUGCUGCACGCCAUGGACAACUGCUCCACCACCACUUGCAAUGGACGCCUGUACGCCAUCGGCUCUCUGACCGGGGAGGAGACCAUGGCCAUCCAAAGCUAUGAUGCAGACACUAACCGCUGGGCCAUGGUCAGCUGUGGACAGCUGCCGCCGUGGUCCUUCACACCCAAAACCGUGACCCUCAAAAGCCUCAUCUACUUCAUAAGGGAUGACUCAGCAGAGGUCGACGUUUAUAAUCCUCAAACGAACGAGUGGGACAAGAUUAGUCCGAUGACCCAGGUGCACGUUGGAGGCAGUGUGGCAGCCCUGGGCGGUAAAUUAUAUGUGUCGGGUGGUUAUGACAACACUUUUGAGCUGUCAGAUGUGGUGGAGGCGUUCGAUCCGACCACCCGCUCAUGGACCCUCGCUGGACGACUCCCUCAGCCGACCUUCUGGCACGGCAGCGUCAGCAUAUUCCGCCAGUUCAUGCCCCAGGUGUCGAGUGCAUUUGAACCUACUGACAUGUCAAACGCCAUCCACUUGCACCGGCACCAUCGUCACCAUGCGUUACACAAUCUCAACAACAAUCUCAACCAAAACCAGAACCAGGAUGUGAACCCUGGGCACUGAGUUAGGACCUAGAAACCCCCUGUUACAUUUUCAAUCUGUUCUCUCUCAUUAUAGCAGAUUAUUGACUGGGUGAGUUACAAGAAAGGCCUGGUGUUGCUUCACCCUGUUUGGUCUCACUGUGUGAGAGACGGUCCCGAAUGUAUAUUUGAGCUAAGGGAAGCCACUGCCUCUGAAUUGAAGGUAGGGAAGUUAACCAAACCAAACAGUUAGUCCUCAGGGUCUAGUUAUGCUCGAUCAGAACUAGUUUAUACAAUGUGCUGUCCAAACACGUUGGAAAUCAAGUGUUUUUAGUUGUUCUGAACAGCUACAUGCGGAGGCAGAGUGAAUGGCUGGGCAUCAAAAGGGGGAACAAUAUUUUUAGAUAUGGGGAUAACAGUGAGAUUUUUUUUAUGGAAGGAAUUCAUAGUGCUGCACUGUUGACAUGAAAGGUGACAACUAUAGUUGUGUGAAGAAUCAAAAAAGAGAGCACCUUGACACAGCUUAACAAUCAUGGCGUGCAGUGAGUGUGAAUGUUGGAUAGUCGGUUUUGGAAGUUACGGUAGCUGGCAUACUGGCAGCUUCAUACUAGAUGUCCUUUUGUCUUGUAAAACCAAAGAAGACUCUUUAACAACACUUUCAAUGCUGCAUAAAUGCUACCUUUGUGUCUUUUGUCCAAGUAUUGUUUUCUAGUGCAGCGUCCUCUUUGCCUCAUUUUGGUUCAUCUAGCAGCGAUGGGUUUAUAAAUCCCUCUGAUGACAGCGAGCAGAAAGAAAAAGCGUAACUACGAUUAGUUAGAAUUGCAGCUGCAGUGGUUGUUUUUCCACCCAUUGGCCACAAGGGGCAGCAGCAACUCCAUUCCACACUGGCAAAAGCUGCACAAAGGUGAGAUUGUUUACUGUAUGUUUUGGUGUUAGAAGUAUCAAGUCUCACUGGUUAACUUCCCCACCUUUGAUAAAGAGCAGCACACAUCCGCUUCCAGUCUCCCACAGGGCGAGGUGUUUCUGUGUAUGGACAUCUUUGUGUUAGCCGUGUGGACUACUGUGGAUUGUUUUUUUUUCUACAAAUACAAUUUGACAAGCUUUAAGGGGAACUUGUUGUAGGAAACCUUGUGAGACUCCAGAGGGAGCUUUACACUAGUUUAACACAACCAAAUCUUUGACCAUACUGUUGGCGGUCGAGUUGCAUUGUGGGUAAUGAAGGCGUCAAGUUUUGUCAGGGACAAAGAAUGUGUGAAAUAAUGAAGACGAUAUCUCUUGUUCUGUUGCAUUGAUUUUGUCAAUAAGUAAUAAGUCAAUGUUAGAAGAGUAAAAUGCUAAAUCUGUAGACUACACUUUUCACAAUUUAUAGCUCAGAGAAAGAGCCAAAUAUUUGUUCAGAACAGCAAUAAUCUCUUUACAUUCCAAAACUGACGGUAAUCAAAAUUGAUAUCUAGCACUAAAAAAUGGGGCUGUACAAAAUAGUUUGAAGCUUCAGAGCUUCGUACAGAACAUUGACCUUUUGAAUUUUAAAUCAACAUUCGAAUGCUCUGCAGCGGUUUGUUUUUGUGUGUGUAUUCUUUGUGUGAAAACCCUGUAUGUCUGCACAGUUGCAGAUAAAGAUUAGGCUACACUAAUAUUUUAACUCCAGAGCGUCAAGAGUCACAAUUUAUUGAAACUCAAUCCAUAUUUGUUGGCGUUAAGGCUUUCAAAAAUAUUUUCACUGCGGUCAAAAAAAUGGUAUCGUCUCCCGCUUGCCAAACACAAAGGGAGGCAUGCACCUGUAUAAACAGGUCGGUCUUAGCAGCAAUCCGUACCGUAAAUCACAUUUUUAUAACGACAUUAACAAAAAAGAAAUUUGAGAAUGUCAUAAAACAGACAGAAAGGAAAAUAAAUUCGAUGCGUAAUUCAAAAUCUAAAAAUAGAAGCUGGAAAUGUAAAAAAUACAUUAAAUGCCGCACUUCUAAACAGACAUAUGGCUCUGUAGGAUGGAUUGAAAUAUCUUGUGUGGUUGCAUGUGAUGUUAACUUGUACCGGGUUGAUAUUCUGCUGCUAGCGAUAAUUAGGCAUCUCCUUGUGUCACUCCUGACUCUUUAACCGGAUCAGCCUUUUUAACCACCAGUCAAAGGUGCAUGAAGAAUUUCCCUUUAGAGUUGUAUUUACGGACAUUUUAAUAUUUUAUAUGUUUAUUUAAGGAUAUAUUUGUGCUGUGGUUGCUUAAGAUGUCCCCGCCUUUCAGUUGCAAUAAGAAAAGUAACGUUUCGUAAAUGUGGGUGAUGGGUCGCCAGUAACUGGAAGUGCAAAAGAAUCUCAAUUUGUUAUCAUGUAUUCUAGCUUUAAUGUUUUUAUAGUAUUGUUUAUGCAUCGUUGUUGGUAUUGUCAAAGUUUUCAUACAAGAUUGUGAUGUUGAAUGGAAUUUGUAACCUCACGUACUGUGUUUGUAUAAUGUUUACAUUGUGGUUAGCAUAAAUUAAACUGCAGGCUGGAGUCACAUUUGAUGAACUCUUAGCAGGUUGCUUAUAUACUUCUUUUAAACAAUGGACUGUAGUUGCAGCUGAGUGUGAAAAUACUUUUAUAAAUAGCAAGAGGAAGCUAAUUCUUACACUUAUAAAACAUAUAUAUUAUAAUCAUAA